GCACCGCGGGGCAAGCUUGCAGCAGCGGAGCGCGCGACACCCUUUGGCAGUGCCGGCGCCAGCGAGGGGGAGCAGGUCCUCAUCCUCAGCUCUCCCCAACCUGCUGCGGAGCACGAGCAUGGCCACGGAGACGGAGUGGAGCUGCCCCAUCUGCGGCGAUGCUCGAGAUGACGUCUCUUACGCGAUGCCCUGUCGCCACCAGUUCUGCCUGGGCUGCAUCCUGCGUUGGACAGAGGUGAAACCAGAGUGCCCACUCUGCAGAAGACCAGUAGAGAAUGUCAGGUUUUCUGUGCUGGGCGAAGACGACUAUCUACAGUGUGUUGUCGCACACCCCGAAGAGUCGCCAGAUGCCAGCAGGCAGGCGGGCAGCGCUCCCGGUCCCCUGCCCGAAAACAGCCCCCAUCACCCUGCGGCGUCCCCUCCGUCAUCUCCGCAGUGGAUACUGUCCCCGGCUGAGCCGGGGGCUGCAGAGCCGGAGGACGUGGGUGGCCUCCUGCCUGUGGUCUGGGCGUAUCUUUUCCAAAGACGACAGCACCUCCUCGAUCCCGUGCUGCCCUGGCUGCGCCAGGAGCUGGAGGCAAUAUAUGGGGCACGGUGGUGGGAGGCAAAGACUGCAGAGAACAGCAUCCUGCAUACCCUGUGCAUCCACGGUCCGGAUGAAGAGGUCAUGCUCCAGAUGCUGGAGCCUCUCCUUGGGCACUAUACAACAUUAGUGGUCUAUGGCAUCAUGGGUAUCAUUGAGGGUCAGUGCAGCGAGGAGGCCUGGAGGCUGCUGUGCCCCCAUGCUGCCGGGGAGGAAGGCAACAGCCCUGCGGCCGGCUCCAGCUCCAGCUCCAGGCCGUCCGUGGCCCCCCCACGCCCCUCCAUCGGCCAAGGGCGCCCAGAGCCCCAGGGCCAUGUCGGCAUGGGAAAUCCUGCUCCCGCAGGAAAUCCUGCUGCAGCCACUGAAAUGGAAGAGGUUCUGACAAAGCCCGAAAAGGAGGAGAAAAGGGAGAAAGGGAGGAGCAAAGGGAGGAGCCCAGAAGCGGCGACCAGCCCCGGAGAGUCCAGCGGCAGGGGCCUUGGCCCUCACGGCGGCCGCCCGUCUCAGCGGGAGAGCCGUCAGCAGCGGGUGGCAGGGCCUUUGCGAAGGGGAACGUGCCAAAUAAAGGCUGCUGGCGCCUGUGCCCAGCCGGAGUGA